AUGAACUCACAGAAAUACCUGGAGUCGUACGGCUGGACUCCCGGCCAGCCGCUACAAAAGGGCGGGAUCAAGAAGCCGAUCCUUGUGUCGCACAAGUUUGACCUCAAGGGGGUUGGCCACGGCGCCAAGGAGAACGUCUCGUGGUGGGAGACGCUCUUUGACGGGCACUUGAAGUCGCUGGACGUAAACGGGAAGGACGGUUUUGGUGCGGACAACGCGAAGCGGGAGGCGCUCGAGCGGGCCGAGAAGAAGAAGCAGUCACCGUUGUACCAGAUGUUUGUCAAAGGGGAGGUGCUGCGAGGCACUGCCGAGCUACCGGAGUCAUCUGUGGGGGCGACAGGGGCCGCUGCGAAGCGGAAGGCAGAAGCAGAGCAGCCGGAGCAGCUCAUGUUCUUCUUCAGCAGCGACGACGAGAGCGACGGCGAAAGUCGGCAGCGCCAAAAACGCGCCAAAAAAGAGAAGAAGGUGAAAGACAAUAAGGAAAAGAAGGAAAAGAAGGAAAAGAAGGAAAAGAAGGACAAGAAGGACAAGAAGGACAAGAAGAGGGAGAAACUGGAGAAAAAGGCCAGGAAAGACAAAAAAAGGCAGAAAAGCCUCUGA